GGUUUGAGCUCAGGAUCUCAGGAGGGGAACAUGUGAGCAGGGAAUGGGUGACUGGAAACAGGAUUAUUGCUCUACACAGCAGAGAGACGCAGGAGGGACCCGGGACAGGAGAGACACGGGGACACUGUGACAAAUCCGAGGAUUUCCUCCCCCCCCUUUUCUCAAUUUUUACGCGUCAGAGAAAAAACGGUGGAUUGUCUGGCCAAAGAUGAACACCAUCGUCUUUAACAAGCUAAGCGGCCAGGUUCUGUUUGAGGAGAAAGCGAAGGAGGUGGAAAUGAGCAGCAGAAAUUACCUAGAAGUGAUCGACGGGCAGCAUCCAGACCUCCUCUCCAGCAACCAGACCAUCAGAGACAACCAGGCGAUCAGACACAGGCGGAGCGGGGGUCGUCCCAGUGGCGGUAAAGUCCGACACAAACGUCAGGCCCUGCAGGACAUGGCACGGCCGCUCAAGCAGUGGCUGUACAAGCACAGAGACAACCCCUACCCCACCAAGACGGAGAAAAUCCUCCUGGCACUCGGCUCCCAAAUGACCCUGGUCCAGGUAUCCAACUGGUUCGCCAAUGCCAGGAGGCGACUGAAGAACACAGUGAGGCAGCCUGACCUGAGCUGGGCCCUCAGGAUCAAGCUCUACAACAAAUAUGUUCAGGGCAACGCAGAGAGGCUGAGCGUGAGCAGUGAUGACAGCUGCUCGGAAGAUGGAGACACUCCUCAGAGGACACAGAGCAGCCCCGAGGAGCUCAACAAGCCCAUGUACCAGAGUGUGAUCAAGAAGGAGGGCUCCUCCAUGGUGGGGAUGGCCAUGGGUAUGGGUAUGGGCAUGGGCGCAGGGCUGCAUUCAGCAGCUGAAGCUGCUUCGCUGGCCGAGGACUACGUAUCUCCACCCAAGUACAAGAGCAGCCUGCUGCACCGCUACCUGAACGACUCGCUGCGCCACGUCAUGGUGGCCAAUGCUGUCAUGGACGCUCGCAAGAGGAACCAUUCCGGUUCCUUCAGCUCCAACGAGUAUGAUGAUGAGCUGCUCUCGCCGUCCUCCUCUGAGGCUGAGGCGAACUUUGUUUAUCGGGCUGAAACCACAGACCAUGGAUCAAGUAAAUGUGACAAUGGCAGUGGUGGCCCUGGAGCUGCACAGAAGGAGAAGGUGAAGGGCAAAGACGAGACAUACUGGAAGGAGAUCAACGCCGCUAUGGCCUUGACCAAUUUGGCGCAGGGGAAGGACAGCGCCUCUGGGACCACCAGCUGCAUUAUCCAGAAGUCCUCUCAUAUUGCAGAGAUCAAGACUGUUAAAGUGCCACUGGUGCAAAAAUAUUAGCCCUGAUGUCGUCCCGUCCCUCUAUGCAAACCAGCAAACAUUCCUGUUUCAGCAAAC